UCCUUCUCCAAACAUGGCGCCGGCCCGCAGCUGUGCUGCCUCCCCGACAGACGACGCAGAGAGGGAGAGAAAGAGGAGAAGAAGAAGCGGGUAGAAACUCGCCCUGAACGUGUUUUAAAAACUCUUUUAAGACGAACUCAACUUCGAGGUUCUUUACGGCGUCCAGCGGAGACUUUACGCGCAGCUUUUGGAGACGGUUACGCGUCAAGCUGUGCGCGUAACGGAGAGCCCACCUGUCCGACGAAGGUAGAUUUCACUCCGUGUCUUCUAGGAUGUGAAUCUCCCUGAUUUAUGUGAGACAGCGGAGCAGAGCGAGCAGACGGACGGGUAACUCGGGGUCAGAGCUGGCUCUGGUUGAAACAUGUGCAGCCCUCUGAGGAGCAGGAACACAGAGGCUGCACACGAGUGAGUCUUUCCAGGGAAAAAAACAACUUUUCCACUCGUCCACACCGAGAGGAUGGAUGGAGAACAUUCUGCGCUGUCAGGAGUUGAGAGGGAACGAGAGAAGCUGCCACCAAUCUACCACAGCUCCCCUCCUGCUGGUUUGGGUCGAGGAGCCAAGCAGCCGUUCCCGUCUCUGGGCACCUUCAUCUCCACGCUGAGCCAGCGGAGGGACGGCGGGGGGCGGGGCUUCGCCGGCGGCCUCACCGGCACCCUGACCGGCAUCCACGGACUCCGACAUGGGAGAGAGCUGCCUCCGAUCUGCAGCAACGUCCGUCAGAAGCAGCGUCUCUCCAUCGACACGCUGCCUCCGGAGGUCAAGGCUCCGUUCCCCUCCGACCCCAUCAUCCCCCUGCGCACCAAGACCACCAGGGAGUUCCAGGAGGACAUGGAGCGGGCCGUCCAAUCAGGCGACUGGAGGGAGGUCCGGGAGUUUUACCUGACCACCUUCGACUCCUUCAUAGAGAUCAACGCUGCCUUCAAGCGAGAGGCGAACGGUUUGUUUAACACGACAGAGGACUCGGGAGUCAACGCCAAGUUUGUCAGCGCUGUUUACGACGCUCUGCUCAGCACGCCUCAGGACAUCCAGAAGUCGGUGUUGAAGGGGAUCAUCAACAGCCUGCUGAGGGAGUGGAAGGGGCCUCGGACAAAAGAUGACCUGCGAGCUUAUUUCAUUCUUGUUCAGAACCCUCAGUACUCCAGUACCAGCACCUACGUGAUCUACGCUCACCUGCUGAGGCAGAUCGCAGCUUUAUCUGAGGCCGACCACCACUUCCUGGUUCACUGGCUCAAGAAGCUGUCGGCCCGGCGCUUCAGGCAGCUGGUGGAGCGCCUCCUGCAGUUCAUCUCCACCCGGCUGUUCCCCGCUGAGCCGGACGACCUUCCUCCUCUGACCAAGUGCUCCUGGUGGAUCCCCUCGGCCACCAAAGUGCUCAGCCUGUUCAAUGCAGCCAACAGCGUCUCGUCUCCUCCCAUCAUGCCCUUCACUGACUUCUACAACAUCACUCUGGAGCACAUAGACUUCAUGGAGGAGUACCGGACCUGGCAGAGCUACGGCAACUCAAACAGGUUCUCCUUCUGUCAGUUUCCCUUCAUCCUGUCGACGGUGGUGAAGAAAGCCAUCAUCCAGAAAGACUCGGAGCAGCAGAUGAUCAGCCAGGCCAGGCAAAGUCUGGUCAGUAAAGUUUCUCGCAGGCAGAGAGUCGACAUGAACCUUCUGUUCCUCAACAUUAAAGUACGACGAGCGCAGCUCCUCAGCGACUCACUGGAUGAGCUGAUGAGGAAGCGGUGCGACCUGAAGAAGAAGCUGCGGGUGACGUUUGUCGGGGAGGCCGGUCUGGACAUGGGCGGCCUGACCAAGGAGUGGUUCCUGCUGCUGGUGCGACAGAUCUUCCACACGGACUACGGAAUGUUCACCUACAUGAAGGACUCGCGCUGCCAUUGGUUCAGCAGUUGGAAGUGUGACAACUAUUCUGAGUUCCAGUUGGUUGGGACUCUGAUGGGCUUAGCAGUGUACAACAGCAUCGCUCUGGACAUCCACUUCCCUCUCUACUGCUACAGGAAGCUCCUCACCCCACCUACCACACCAUGUGACCAGAAUGCCCUCGUUGGCAUGGCGACCGCCACCCUGGAUGACCUGCAGCAGAUCAUGCCGGAGCUGGCUCACGGUUUGGGAGAGCUGCUGAGCUACGAGGGGAACGUGGAGGAGGACUUCUACCUCACCUUCCAGGUGUUUCAGGAGGAGAUGGGCGUGGUCAGAACGUACAACCUGAAGCCUGGAGGAGACAAGAUCCCCGUCACCAAGCAGAACAGGAAGGAGUACGUCCAGCUCUACGCCGACUUCCUGCUCAAUAAAUCCAUUUACAAGCAGUUUGCUGCCUUCUACCACGGCUUCCACAGCGUGUGCGCCUCCGACGCGCUCAUGCUGCUGCGGCCGGAGGAGGUGGAGAUGUUGGUUUGUGGGAGUCCAGAGCUCGACAUGAGCGCUCUGCAGAAAGCUGCUCAGUACGAAGGAUACAGCAAAACGGACAGCACCGUACGGUGCUUCUGGGACGUGGUGCUGGCCUUUCCUCUGGAGCUGCAGAAGAAGCUCCUCCACUUCGCCACAGGAAGCGACCGCGUCCCUGUCGGAGGAAUGGCCGACCUCAACUUUAAAAUCUCCAAGAUCGAAGUUCCAACUGACUGGUUGCCGAUCUCACACACCUGCUUCAAUCAGAUCUGUCUGCCUCCGUAUCGAACCAGGAAGGAGCUCAAACACAAACUGACCAUCGCCAUCUCCAACGCCGAGGGCUUCGGCCUGGAGUGACCGUUAGCGGCGCUAGCUACGCGUCCACUAGCUACACGCCCGCUAGCUACACGCCCGCUAGCUACGCACCCGCUACCACGUCACGGCACGCUUCAUGAAUCUCAAGGAAAUGACAUGAAAGAAUAUUCUAAAGACGUUUUCACUUUUAAAAUCUGCAGCAGCUGAGGUGGGAGCUUCGAGGAGAUCUCCAGGGAUCCUGUUCUUUGCACAUGAACUGGUGUUAACGAAGAAGUUCUCAUGUCCACGAGAAGUACAGAACUGUGCAAAAGUUUCACUUCCUUCUCAUUCUAUCAUGCAGUGCAGUCAGGGAGGUGCUGAGUUCAUCCUGCAGCACGAAGCUGAACGUCCAGCCGGCAUCACACAGACCCUCAGAACAGCACGGAGUCCUGCAGCAUCAGGACCGUCAGUCUGGACCACAUGAAGACCACAGAGACACAUGAGUGGGUGUUCUGAGGAGAGCUGCUUCUGUUUGACAGGCUAAUGCAGAUUUUAGUUGUUUUUACCUACAAAAAUGCAGCAAUGUUUCCUCGAGCAUCCUCUUUGUGGCUCAAACUUUUGCACAGUCCUGUAGCUCUCACAUGUAAACGUCCCGAAGUGUCCUCGCUUCACAAAUCAAAUACUUCUGUUCAUGACAACGAAUCAAACGUGUUCUGUAGAAACCUUCAGUCGCCAAAAAAGGUUUGCUCAGGUAACUGUAAUAAUCGUAUUUUUGAACCGAUGACCAGGAGGUUGUUCUUUGGUCUGCAGCAAACGGAGCUGAACGACCAGGAUGUAGAAGCAACAUCACAGAGUUCAGUGUGUGUGAAGCUGAAGUGUGAGUAGAAAGUGUCAGUAGAGUGUAAACGUCAAGUUAUGAGAUGUACCAGUGUAAUAUUCCCCUUUUCAAUCCUGACUUCAGUCACUUCCUGAACAUGUUGUUUUCUGUGGUUGGGCUUUAUUUACUGUCCGGAUGUAGAGCUUUGCUGGUGCACCAUGAGAUGUAGACUGUCUGGUGAAUAGUUGUGUGUUUUUGACAUUGCCGCCUGUUUUCAUGGAACAAAAGGCUGCAGCAGAAAUGUUUUGUUGUAAAUGUUGAGUUGAACCAGAGCUGUCCGGCGACGGCUCGGCGUCUGUUCCUGUUGUUUUGUGUUGUGUUGUGGAUGUUCGUCAGACAGAAGAACGCAGGAUGGGAGAAGAAACCAUCUUCUGGGUGUUCAUGUUAACGUGUUGGCUGUUUGAGGAUGUUGAAAAAAUCGUGCCUUAAAUACAGAUUACAUCUUUUCUUUUUUUAAACGUGGAGGCAGCUUGAGUGAAGCACCAACGUCUGGCCUGCACACGCUCAGAAAUGUUCUUGUUGCAUCAGUUGUGAAACCCAAAGUAUCACACAGUCUCCUCCUCACUUAGCAGGUAGAGUUCUGCUUCGAAGCUCUGCUGGUUAGAAGUUCUAAUGCAACAAUAUUCUGAAGUGUUGAUUAAAAGUCCUUCUCCUGCACUGAUUAAAGCUCGUCUGACUCCCCAGA